CAAUCGAAAUUCGAUUGAUACACAUCCAUCUAUCCAAACAAAUAGGUGAAGGAAAAGAUCAAGUUAAAGGUUGCUUAGGGUUAGUAAAGGACGAGAGCAACAACACUACCACAAUUUUAUGACUUAAAUAUCUGUGGUUUUCUUGAAUGAUAAUGAGUUUUCUUUUUUUUUCGUUGUUUUUCCACUUUUGAGCUAUCAUACUACAAUGGAAUAAAUAUUUUGAUGGAUAUCUUUGCUAUAUUAUAGUUUCAAUCAUCUUUAAACUCCUCAAGUGCAUACAUACGAAUAGCCUAUAUCUGCAAUUUUACCAAUUAUAUAUCUAUUCCAUUGACUCUUUGAGUAAUAAAUUAUAUUCAACAAUGUUUCUCUUAUUAAAUUUUGAAAAGGGGUGGUAAUGAGUAUAUAAUUGAUCGAGUACUUCUGUUUCAAUGUGCAGAAUUUUUUAUCAUGUGAUUUUGGUUUUCUGUAUCAUAUAAUUAUUGCUGGGGUAACUGUUGGGUUGUAUUCUGCGAAGCAAAAAAUAUUUCAUAUAUGCAAUGAAUACGUACUGUUGUAAUCAGUGGAUUUCAUAAAAUGUCUUUCUGCGCUUCCAUUUUUUCCCCGAUUCCAUGAGAUGUAUCUCUUUCUGUCACUUAAUGCUGUGCAAAUUUUCCUUAGCACAUUUCAAAAAUAAUAUAGGAAAUAAUCUUUGGUGAACGUCUGUUGCUCAUCAUGUCAGAAUGCUGGUAUAUUCCUGACGAUAUCGAGUGUCGCUGUGCUGAGAACCGCUUCAGUCCAAAUCAGCCGUGUUCCUACGAAACACUCUCCAAUCUCCUAGUUUUCUACGAGUCGCAUGAGGUUGUUGACGUCGUCGACAACGUAGAAUUCUUUGCCGAAGCGCUUGUAAAGGAAAUGGGUUACUAUGCGUAUGAUGUUAUCACCAUCUCAGAAGAAGUCAUGGGUGAUGAAUUUGAAGAGAUGGCUGAAAGGCACUUCUCUGAGCAUACGCACGAUGAUGAUGAAGUACGUUUUAUUAUUGAUGGUGAGGGCUACUUUGACAUCCGCGAUGUUGAUGACCGCUGGAUUCGUAUGCUGUGUAGGACAGGUGAUUGCAUCGUUUUGCCUGCGGGCUGUUACCACCGCUUCACCACUACAUUUAGUAAGUACACGAUGGCGAUCCGUCUCUUUAAGAAAAACCCAAAGUGGAUCUCGCUGAGUCGCAAGGAUGGGAGUGCAACGGAGUCCCACAUGCGGUAUGUAGCCCGACUGCAAGAGCCUCUCAACACCGUGGUGGGCCCCUCGCUUGGAGACGAAAAGAACCCUGAUUGCGCGAAAAUCUACUCCAUUUCAUUUCCCUUGGAGUUGGAUCGAGAUAUGGAACGCAUUGCGUCGGAUUUCGUGGCUUCAAAUGGGGAGGCGCUCAUUAUGUACUUCACAGGGGCGGCUAGCGACUAUAUGGGCGGCGAUAGCUGGUGCCCGGACUGCAUUGCUUGCACGCCAUAUGUUAUCGGAGGGUUCAACAAACUAUGUGAUAAGUUUGGCAGGGAUAAAAUUGUCUUUGUGGAAGUACGUGUUGAACGAGCCAGUUAUGCGAAGAACCCCAACUACCCACUACGCCUCCACGAAAUGAUCAAGUUACAAUCUAUUCCAACGGUUUUUGUGUUUGCCCCAAGCCCCACAAAGACUUCAAAGGCGGCUCCCUGGUGGGAGAUUCUGGAACUUAAGGUACGUACUGAAUCCCCAACCCCUGAUGAGAUGAUAAAAUGGUGAUAUGAGACCAUUGAAAUUUUAAAACGGCAGGUAUAUUUUCAAGAGAAAAACGGAAUAUAUCUUUAUAAGCAUUUAUAUUUUAAUUACCAUGUGUGCUUGUCUCAAUACUUAUGAUGAAAGUUUAGUGUAUUUCCAUGUGUUUCAUAUAUUUUCAUUAGUACAACAUACGCAGUCCAGAUAUAACCUUAAAUCGCAUUUACCUUAAUGCGUCUUUCUAAUGCCUCUAUUUUUGACCUAAUAAAAAAGGGAUAUGGCGAGGGGACAAACAAACAAAAAUAAAGUAUCGAAAUAUAUUACCCCAAUUUUGAAGCUUAGAUGAUA